UUAGACUUUUUUAAAUGUCAAAAGUGACACCUCUGUAUACUUUGUGAUUUUGCAAUAAUAAUUUUACAAAAAAUGGCCUCGAAUACAAAAUUUAUGAUGUUAAGUCUUUUAAAUUUAUAUUUAACUUAUCAAGAGGUAAAAAAUGGGAAAGUUGUACCCAGGAUUAGAAGCAACCUAACAAGACGAAUCCGAGCUGAAAUAGAACAGACUAAACAUAAACAAAAAACUAGCACCAUUUCAUCAACUCCAACAGACAUAACACAAGUACAAAAUCAACAGGAACAACUUACUCAGGUACAAGCCAAUAAACCAAAUCUAAAAAGAACUCUUAACAACGCAAGACCUGUUAGAGCAAGAAGAAGAACCAAGAAAAGCAAGGAUAAUGAUAAUACGGAGAAAAAACCACGCGUCAGAAGAUGGGCCAUACGUCCAACAAACCGUUAUCGUGUUAUAGAUAACUAUCAUCGUAAAGUUUUUGGAAAUAUCAAGUUAAUGAGUCAAGAACAAUUUUUUGUGCAUACUAGAAUGACCAAAACCAUGUUCGAUUGGUUGCUAUCAAUAGCGAAAAGUUCUUUGAUUAAGAAAGCCCAAAGAGUGUUUGCACAAGAAAGACUGGCAAUUACCUUAAAUUAUUUAGCUUAUGGAACUCCCUUACAAUCGCUUGCUUAUAAACAUAAAUUAGGUAAAUCAACUAUACGAGAAGUUGUUUUAAGUACAUGCACUGUUUUGUGGAACUUACUAUCGCCGAUUUAUCUCUGUGAACCUACAACUUCUCAGUACGCUGACAUUGCUGAUGAAUUUAAAAGCAAAUGGAAUGUUCCUAACUGUGUGGGUGCUAUCGAUGGCAAGCAUGUGUCCCAUCGACAUCGUAUAAUGAAUAAAGAUAAAAAUAAUAUAGACAUGCUGAUAAUGGGAGCAUGUGAUGCAAAAUAUAAAUUUACCGCUGUUAGUGUUGAAAGUUUCAAUAAUCAGAGUGAAGAAGAACUAUUAAAAUUAUCACCCUUUGGCAGUGCACUAUUAUCUGAAAAUUUGCCUUUACCGGCAAGUAAACCAUUAUUUCCCACAUCUGCCUCCUUCCCCCAUUACUUUAUUGCCAAUACAUCAUUAUCGCUAAGAAAAAAUAUAAUGCGUCCCUAUGAAGAAACCUACUUAGAAGCGGAAAAACAUAUUUUCAACUAUAAAAUUACAACUGCUUGUUCGGCUAUUGAAAAUACCUUUGGAGUAUUAACCGCCCGUUGGCGUGUACUUUCAACUACAAUUGAAUUUUUACAAGAAAAUUGUAAAACCAUUAUAUUGGCAUGCAUUGUACUGCAUAAUUAUAUAAUGACUAAUGACGAGGAUCAACUGUAUUGUCCAGCGAACUUUGUAGAUCGAAAAGAGGAUGAUGGUACCGUUAUACCGGGCGAAUGGCGCAACGAAUUGAAACAUAAUGGCGAUAAACCAUUACGAUCUAUGGUAGCAAGUACGCGCAGCAGAUCUUCCUAUGAGGCUAAGAAUUUAAGAGAUAUUUUAGCGAAUUACAUUGCAAAUGAAACAAUAAAUUAUGAAAUUGAACUAUUACAGUAGACUAGUUUUAUAUUAAAUUUAGCUUUGUAAAAAUAAAAAUAACUAAAGCACUCGUUAAUACUAAAUUGUUUUCAUUUUUGUCUUGUCUAACCGUUUAUCAGAAUGAUUCACGGAUCUAAUAAAAAUCUCUAAAUUUUGUGAAUUAAACAUAAAAUCUUUGAAAUUAUUCCUACCUUUUCUUUUCUACUUCACAUUUAAUUUCAAAAUAAAACCAAUUUUUUUUUAAACAUUUUUAGAAUUUAUUGAAUUUUAUACAUUAAGGGUUAAUAAUUUGUUUUUUUUUUG